UGCGUCUGCAAGGAGGACGGCGCCGUCUGCGGCUCCGACGGCCGCUCCUACGGUAGCGUGUGCGCUCUCCACCUGCGCAGCUGGCGCGCGCUCCUCGACGGCCGCGAGCGCGUGCGGAAGGCCCACGACGGCGAGUGCAAACUUGCUCCUGCUAUAGUUGUGCCACCAAAAAGGAUUCACAAUGUAACUGGAGCCCAGGUCUAUCUGUCCUGUGAAGUGAAAGCAGUUCCAACACCAAUCAUCACCUGGAAGAAAGUCACUGAGUCCCCAAAGGGAGUUAGGCUCUUAGAAGAAUUACCUGGAGACAGAGUAAACAUGGCUGUUCAAGUUCGAGGUGGUCCUUCUAAGCAUGAGAGCACAGGUUGGGUUUUGAUUAAUCCACUGACGAAAGAUGAUGAGGGCGUUUACCAGUGUCAUGCUGCAAAUAUGGUGGGAGAAACACAGGCAGAAGGGACUAUUAAAGUCUUACAGCAAAGUAAAAAUAAGAAGGAUCAUUUCCCAGCAUCAGAAGAUGUGAAGUAGCGAGGAAGACAUGUUCCAGUGGGAUCGGAACUGAGCGCAAUCUAGAAACCAGUGGAUUAGUGAUUGCUUUCUUACUUUCUGAAGACUAGAAGACACUGUCUCAAUCUUUUUUUGAGUAAUGGUGUAAUUUGUACCCCUUUUUUAGUGUCUGAGGAAUAUUGAACAUGUAGUUA